AUGGAGAUCGAGUUCUGCUGCGUCUACCCCAAGAAGGGAAACGUGAGCCUGGAAUUCCUGGCCCACAAGAUUCCUUACAUUUUCAUAGAGAAGGGCUUCGGGAAGUUCACCUACCAGUUUGAGUUCUUCCACAGCAGUAGUUUCAACAGGAUGGUGGAUCCAGCCAGUUACCCAGUGGAGGUGUGUAUGUAACGGAGCUAGUUCAGUGAACUAUGCUUGCUUAAUGUGUUACCUAGCCUGACACCUUAAGUUCAGAUGAUCCAGACCGAUUAGGUUGGGCUAAAACGGUCUUGAUUCAUGCAGACAGCCCAGAUUCAUAGAACAAGACAUUGCAUCGUCUUUACUGCUGUAGGGCGGCAGGCAGCCUAGCGGUUAAGAGCUUUACGGCCUGUAACCGAAAGGUCACUGGUUUGAAUCCCCGAGCCGACUAAGUUAAAAAUCUGUUGAUGUGUCCUUGACCAAGGCACCUAACCGUAAUUGCUCCUGUAAGUCACUCUGGAUAAAAUUCUAAAUGAUGUACUUUCCCGACGUAAAUAUAGCUUUAUAUUGAGUUAGCAAAUAAAUAAUGCCCAUUUAUCCUAAAGAGGAUCUAGCCAAUGUAAAGGCUAAUUGGUUAUGUCACAGAUCUAGGAUGAGCUUACCUUACCCAAAUCUUAACCUUUUGGGUUAAAACUAUAAAACUGACCUUAGAUUAGUGUCUCUGGACAACAUCAUCCUCUCUGUGGUUCUAGGUAGAACUGAAGGAGAUGGUCUACAUGGAGAUCACGUCCACGUCCUCGGUCGCCAACACUGAAAUGUUUGUGGAGUCCUGCAUGGCCACGCCAACAGACAAUGACGCGAGCACUACAGCAUCAUCCAAAACAGGUCAGUGACUAACACCCUGACCAAACCGGUCACAAGUGUGACGCAUGCACCAAUGUGUGCGCAUGUUGAUUUUAUCUAGCCACCCUCGACACAAUCAUGACAUGCAGGUUAAAAUACAAAAACCAACUGUGAACCAACUAUAUUAAUUUGGGGCAGGUCGAAACACACAUGAACCAUUCAUGAACAUUUAGCUAGUUAGCUGUUCCUAGCUAGUUUGUCAUACAAAAUCAUGUGUUUCUCUACUCCGACGAUUAAUCCAAAGAUAAAAGGGGAAACUUUGUUAGUUUUUAGUUAUUUAUCUUGGAUUAAUCUCACCUCGUUCACCUUACAAGCACCCACAUGGGUUUGCAUGCUCGUGAAAACCAAUGACUAGAUGGGAGAGGUGGGACUUGCAGUGUGUCAAGGGUCUCAAACAGUACCAAAUUCUAGCGCUCAUGCUACGAGCAGUGUGUAUGAAAUGAUUAAGUAACAUGUACAGUUCAUUUAUUUUGCAACGCUUGCACACCCAACACAGCCAGUUUGGUUUCCCUAUAGCCCAAAGUCUGGCAGAUGGCGAUUCUGAGUAUUUUAUUUUAACCGUCCAAAGGUUAACACUCAUAUCCCCCGUGGACUGGUUCGUACAUAAAACAUUCUCCAUUCAGGCUGCAAAAGCAUCGAUUUCCUCUUUAACAUAAUUUAAUGGUGAGAAGGCGGAAAAAAAAAAAACGAGAAAUAUGCAUACUUUCACUAUGAAACACCAUUUUCCACCUCCAUGCUAAAGUGGCUAAUGCCUAGGAAUGCUAUUCCCGGAUGUUGCGUAUCGCUUUCAGCCAAUCAGGUUGCAGCAGUCUGUUGUUUACCCCUGGGGCGUAUUCAUUCUGCCGAUUCUGUUGCAAAACGUUUCUUAAAUGGAAGCAAACGGAAUGAAACGAGGAGGGAUCUAGCUGAAUUUGUCAAAUUGAAACUCUAAUUUUGCUCUGUUUGUAAUGAAUUCACACCAGGCUGAACGCGGGGCGCAACAUCAGGAAGUAGCAUUAGCCACUCUAGCAUGGUGGUGGAAAGUGGUGUUUCAUGAAGAAAGUAUGUAUAUUUUCCCUGUUUUAUCCACCUUCUCGCCAUUAAAUCGAGUUGAAUGGAGAAUGUUUUAUGUAUGAACCAGUCCACGGGGGAUACUAGUGUGUAGCCGGCUGCAUACAGUGCAUUUCGACAGAUGAAACAACUCAAUAUCGCUAUCUGCCGGCCUUUAGGCUAGUUUCCCUAUUAGUCAUUAGCUUCACUGUUGUGUAUGCUCACAUAUAGGUUGCAUCCCAAAUAAGGCUCUGGUCAAAAGUAGUGUACUAUGUAGGGAAUAAGGUGCCAUUUGGGAACAAGACAUAGUUUAUUGCAGUGCCCAUUCCAGGUGAAACAUUGCAUUUUUGGAAUGACCCACUAACUAUUCUUUCCACAGCUGCGGUUCAUUCUACUCUAGUUCCCAAUCCCAGUUCCAUUUUGCAAUGGAAGCUUUCAAAUUCAUUGGGAUGCAUGACCAGGUAAAUACAGUGAGAUACUAAGGUGGGUUAAGGAGCACCUGGUUGGCUUACACUGCCUGAAUGGGUGGGCUAUGUGUUUGAAGUUGUUUCACCUAUUCAAACCACCCUGUUUAUAUAAAUAGAGACUACAUUACUUCAGUAAAGUUAAACAGAGUUUCUCUACCAUGUUUUGUGUUUUGAGUUGCAGUUCAGUCACCUCAAUUUUCUGUGAGCUUGAUUGUGACCUGUGACCCCUCCGGGUGUACAUCAGCUGUGCAGUGAUCCUGUGUGAGACGGGGAACCCCAACACCCGCUGUGCUCAGGGCUGCAUAAAUGGCACCACGGCCACAACUCCCCAGCAUCACCAAGAGAGAGAGGCCGCCCUGGAGACCAACCCGCACUACAUUUCCCAGGGGCCUUUGUGUGUGAGGAGGAGUGCCGACAGCAAAGGUAAUCCUGAAAACCUGAAUGAUUAUGUCAGAUUUAGAUAUGGUCAUUGACACACGACAUAAAAUCAAGUGGGAUAAAGUAUUUAGCCAACAACUGUAAAUAAUGUGUUAUAUGCAUAUCUCAUUUCAAUCCCUUUUGCAUUGAGGAAAUACUAAUAGUAGAGUAGGCAAUCACCCUUUCAAUAAAUUCCUUUUCCCUCUCCAGCUGCUGAUGUGGCUUUGAACCUGAAUUUGUUGUUCGUCACUGGCAGCUUCCUGGCAGCAGUCGCCACGGUGUGUGGAGUGGUCAUGUACAGAUCCAGGGAGUCAAAGGACAAAUAUCAAUCUUGA